AUGACUGAUUACGAUGACGAAGACGACGUUGAAAUGAAAGCGGGCAAAUCUAGCGACAAAGCCAAGCUUCUCGCCGCAAAGGCAAAAUCAAAGAAAAAGACUGUAGACAAUAGUGAGGACGAUGAAAGCGAAUACGAUGAGCAUGAUAAAGGAAAAGAAACAGAUGACGAGAAGGAAAAUACAAUAUCUGAUGAAGAUUCAGAAAAUGAGAAGUCUGAUGAAGAUGAUGAAGAAUUGGAAUUGACAGAUGAUGGAGAUGAUGGCAAAGAUCUCACUGAUGCCGAAAAGAAAGAGAAAAAAGAGAAAAAAAUGGUUGCAAUAGCAGCAGCAAAGGAACUUAAGAAAAAGAAACAGGAAGAAAAAGCCAAACUUAAAGCUGAAAAGGAAGCGAUAAAGGCUAAGAAAAAAGCUCAACAAGACGAAUUGAAAGCGGCACAGGCUAAGAAGAAAGCGGAACAAGACGAUUUGAAAGCAAAGAAAAAGGCUGAUGCAGCUAAGGCAAGUGCGACAGUUACUAACGUUGAUGAAACCAAAAAGGAUACAAAGAAGGCCGAUAGAACAAAGACACCUUCACAAGACAAAUCUAAAAAAAGGCGAAGACACCGAGGAUACAGCAGCGAGGAAGAGGAUAGUGAAGGUGAAUACUAUGAAAAUUGGAACCCGGAUGCUGAUGAAAAUCCUGAAAUUGUCGUCGCAAAAGUAGACUUGCAUAAUAAAGCUAGUGAACAAUCAAACAGUCGAAUUGAAGCGGUGGAUGGAAAAAAAUCAAAAGAAAAAUCUAAGAAUAAAGUUAAACCGAACAAAAAUAAACAAAAUGAAAAAGAUGUAAAAAAAUUCCUAUUACACGUGCCAAGCGAUGAGGGUGAAGAUAAUGAUGAUGAUGAUGAUUAUGAAGAUGGUGAAAACGAUGUUGAUGAUAAUGAUGUUGAUCAUGAUGGUAAAGGUACUGUUCGUAAUGCUGAUAUAGGUGGUAGAGAUGAACAUGAAGACGACAGUGAUAAGGGCGAUACCAAUGUUACAAAUAACAACAAAUCCCAUGAUAUAGAUGGUGUUGUUGCAAAUAAAACGUUGAAUGCUAAACCGAACAGAAGUUAUAACGAUGCCAAACGUAAUCGAAAUGAAAGCUCAGAAAGCAGAAUAGAAGUGUCUUCUGGAAGACAACGGUCAAAAUCGAAUGGUGAAAACAACAGUGCGAAAGCCAUGGCUAAUGGCAGUAGUGGAAAGAAAAUGGAUACUCGCAAUUCUAGGAAUGAGGAUAUCUCUGACAGGGAUUAUAAUACGAAAAGAGGUAAAAGCAAUGUAAAACCAAAGAAGGUCGGAUUUUUCAGCGGUUUAUUUAACGGAAAUAACAAUAAAAAUGCAAACAAAGGCAACAAGAGUAAUAUAACAGGAACAUCAAACAAAGACGUCCAGCCUCCCAAAAAGGAUCAGAGCAAAGACCCUGUUAUGAGUAUUUACAAUGAAAAGGACAAGAAUAGUUUGUUUUACAAAGAUCCAAAGAAAAAAACAGACUACGGUGACUGGGGAGAAGAAAAUACAAAUAGUUCUGGAAAAUCAGAGCCUGUCAAUCCGAAUUUAAAUCAAAAUGUUUCAAGGGUUCCAGGCCUUUUCAGAUCACGUAAUGAACCUUCCAGUAUAAAAACCUACCAAAAUCAGCCCCUAAUGAACACAAACGCGGAAUAUCAAAUUGCAGGGAACGCGCUGCUGAAAGAUGGCGUUAGUACGCCGACGGGGUACAAUAGAAAGACAAAUGGAACACUACAGCGUCAACCGGGAAAUAUGAACCCAAUUACUCCGUUAGGUUUCAUGAAAAAUACUGAUGGGACUAUACAACGAGAUGCAAGCAAGCAGACAGCUAUCUUUCCUGGAGCUGGAAACUAUCCUCAGAAUAACAUUGCGAAAAGUCAUGGACAAUAUCACAACAACAUUAGAGACCCGGUGUUAGCUGGGCAAGCAAUGGAUAACACUAGUGGAGUCCCGGCAUUUAAUGGGCAGUCGACUGGCACCAACAUUAGAGACCCGGUGGGGGAUAGUACGUCAGGCCCUGUAACUAAAGGUCAAGCAGUGGACAACAACACUGGAGACACUGCAUUUAAUGGGCAAACAAUGGACAACAACACCAGAGGCCCGUUAUUUAAUGGGCAAACAAUGGGCAACAACGCGAGAGACCCUGUAUUUAAUGCACAAGGAAUGGGCAACACCACUACAGACCCGGUGUUUACUGGACUGCCUUUCCACCAAAAUAAUCCAAAUGUUAACCAAAAUGGAAUACAAGGCAAUACAAACAAUGCAAAUAAUGCGCCUGACGAACGUGCGAAAUUUAAUACGUUGUUUAAGACAAAUGCAAAACGGCAGCAAACAACGAAUAAGAGAAGUGGUAAACCUGUCGAUCAAACAACUAAAUCGCGACGUAAUGGUGAUUGCAAUGAUUUAUUUUCCAAUGCAAACACUUCAAAUGCAUACCCGCAUGAUUCAUAUUCGAAUGGAAAAGGUUAUGGACACAACAACGAUACCCAGCAAUCGGGAAAUACUGGACCACAAAGGAGCAAUAAGACUAGUAAUGCAAAGGGUAUUGGAGGGCACGACCAGGGAAGAGGUUUUCCAAAUGCGGACACCAUUGGCACAGGAGGUCUUGAAAACCGUCCAGUGGGUUUGAAUGGUUCAGGACACAAUCCUCAUAGUAAUGGGCCGACAGGGAGUGGCCAAAACAAUCACAAUAGCGCUCUUUAUGCAGAUAAAAACAACCCCAAUAGUGUUCCUUACGGUGGCCAAAAUUAUCCCAAUAUCGCUCCGUAUGGUGGCCAAAAUAACCCCAAGAACGCUCCUUAUGGUGGUGAAAACAACCCAAACAACAUUCCUUAUGGUGGCCAAACAGAUCCCAAUAACGCUGCUUACGGUAACACAGGAAGCCAACAUGGAUACGGAACCUAUCCAAAUGGCCCUCCAGGGAAUGUGAACGGAGGCAAUGGAGGUCAGGGUCAACCCAAUGGCACACAAGGUGCACCAUUUGGUGAAGAAGGAAUUAAUCCUCAAAGGGGCACAGAAAGUGGCAGACAUAGCCAAAGGAACAAACCAAACGGUAAUGCAACAAAUCCAAAUUUAAAUCCAAAUGCAAAUUCUCCUGGUGCAGUAGGUGGACAAAGGGGUAACACAGCUGGCUUUGGGUAUCCGACGGCAGACCAAAGCGCUGGGGGAAGGCAGCCGCAUCACAAAGGAAAUCACUCAAAUAACCCUGGCUCCCCAUACCCAGGUGCUAGUAAACUCCCUAUAAGCAACAAGAACUUGCCUAUCAACGUUAAUCCUUUGCAUGCAGCAAACCCUGAUUCAGAUCCAAGUAGCAAUGGACUGUCUGGGGGAACAAACACACCAGUCUAUCCAGGUACAGCCAGGGAUCCUAAGGGUAGAAAACUCCUGAGUUUCCGUGAUAAUGACCCUCGUUCACAGCAAAUAGAUCCCAACAACCCUAACAUUGAAAAGAAGGGUAAACAAAAUUCGGCCAGUGACAAUGAUAAUAAUGACAUAGAUUCCUUUAAUGCGGACGGCGGUCCUUUGCCAUUAAGGAAGGUGCCACCAGGACAUGUCACCCAGAAACCAGCGUGGCAAAAGGAGGCCCCCGGAGAAAAAGGAAGUAACAGAAGAGGCGUGAAGACUCCGGUAAAGGAACUCAACAGACAGCCGUUAACGGAGCCAGAACCCGUAUUUGAUACAGGCAGGCUCGGAAAGCGAUUUCCAUUCCUAAAUGGUAACAAAGACAAAAGAGCAAGUCAAGACGAGAGUUUUGCUAAUCCUCAAAAUCCAAUGCGCAGAAAUCAGAGCGAUUCCGAUUUAGUUACAAACGGAAACAGUGUAUCUAAAGCUAACCCCGCGCUGAAUAAGUUUUUCCCGCCGUUGCCAAAUACGCUAUCGAAAGAAGACAAGAAACUUGCGGAAAAAAUGAUGGAUAUAAACCCAGAAAUGCAGAGUAAGAUUUUCUACGGAUUCGGGGUGGGCAAAUGGCGCCUGAUGGCAGCCAAGUGGCUCAAUAUGUGGAAGAUGAAGAAAAAACCUGUGAAGACUGAAAGCUCCACAUGGGACUAA